AGCAACUAAAUAUCCGUCCUCCUCCCGUGUCGCGUGUGAUGAGAUCCACGCCGCGGUCGUCUCCUCGCUCCCCUCCACGAAAAUGGCCACGCAGUUGAAUUCCUCGCGCACACGGUCGUAGUGGCACAUCAGCGCCACGGACGGGCUCGUUUUACUGACGGCGUAACUUUCGCCAACACAAGAGCCAGCGCGCCACCUAGCUGCCAGCCGGGGAUGCGUCGACUGUAUGAUUAUGAAAACACCCGCGCCAAUGUUGUUGCACAGUAGCCUCCGCGCUCCGAUGAGCCCGAAACUCGGAUUUAGGAGGUCCUCUAACCCUCGCUUGUCUCCAUGAUGCAACCACAGGGACAUUACUGCUCCAGAGGCGGAGGAUCCGUGUCAGAGCGAGGCGGGAGAGCCGGACAGAAACACCUUAACCUCCUGUCUUAACGCAGUUGGGACGCGCUUUUGGGAUUGAGUCUGAAGAAAGAUGCAGGGAACUUUCAUCGCUGGAUGAAGGGCCCUCUCUUUCUAUUAUCCACGCUUGGAUCUGUUUAUCACUUUUGACACCUGAGGACAGCUCUUUUUAUACAACAGUACCUCCCCCCUGACGUCUCUGAUGGACCAGAGGGUAAAGGGGGGUGCCCCUGCAAACGCAAUUCUGGACCCCUCCCCAGAACUUGAAGACUCUGCCCAGGAUGGACCGGCGGAGAAAAGGAGGAGGGUUGAUGUAGAGAAUGGAGAAGUACAGAGUACGGACCAGGAGCAGCAAGGGACUGGGAAAAAGAGAGAAGGACACAAGGCAGCAGUGUUGGAAUUGCUUAUUGAGGGACGAUGUGGAAGCACCGGGCAGCAACCACUUCAGAUAACUGGCAGGGAGACAAACUGCCCUGAGGGGAAUUUACGACUUCGGAUUGGACUGCAGGCCAAGCGCACCAAGAAGCCGCCCAAGAGCUUGGAGAGUUAUGUUUGCAAGCCCACCAUCCGUACAUAUCAGAGACAGGGCAGGGGGGGACCGCUGAGAGGGGAGGGCGAGGGGCAACAGAGUAAAACCAGCUCUGUUCCCACCGAGGCAAACAGGGAGAAUCACUCAGUCUUGGAUGGCGUCCAGACCACAUCCAAACAAGCUGCAUCUGCUGCUUCAACAACACUUGCGUCAUUAUCGCCAUCUUCAUCAUCGCAGCUGCGAUCGUCGGUUUCAUCGUGCACGACUGCUUCCAGUCCCACCAGUGUCUCCGCCAGUCAAGGGACCAAGCCUGCCAAAAAGGCUCCACUCAGUCCAGCUGAUAAUGCGGAAGAAAAUUCAAAUGGCUCAACGCAGAAGGUGAAGAAGGAGAAACCUGCUACUGUCAAUGGCCAAGCGCCUCCUGCAGGUCUCAAACUUGGAUCCAGCUCAGCAGACCAGACACCAUCCUCUGCUAUUGCAUGCACUCAAAGAACCUCUGCCACAGAAGGUGGGAAUGACGGAGAAACCAGUGAAAACAGGAGUUCUUUGGCGCAGACCAAGAGGCAGAACCGUCAGUCUAACAGCAAAGGCUCUGCUCCAGAGCUUGUUGUUCCCUCUUCCCCAAAUGGUGUUUCAUCUAAAGGCUCACCGUCAAGAACCUCAAACCCCAGCAACUGCCAUAAAGAACACACACUUUCAAAAAAGCGUAAAACUGUCUCUCCGGAUUCUCCCUCUCCAGAAGCUGACCCCACCAUGGAGCACUCUUCCGUCCAAUCCCGAAACCAGGAAAUUCCGACAGACUCUUCCACUGAAAGAAUAAGGGAUAAAGAGAGGAAAUUAAAGAAAGACAAAAAGAGGGAGAAAAAGUCAAAGCAAGACAGAUCGGAAUCUGAAAUGACAAGGGAUGAUGGCGAUGAGGAUGGCAAAAAGAAGAGAAAAGAGCGAGGGAAAGACGACAAAUCAAGAAAAGAGAAAGACAAAAGAAAAAAGACUGAUGUUACUCAUGAGGAGCAAAACUUUGAAAGAGACAAAAAGAGGGAUAAAAAUAGCACAGAGGCACCAAGAAAAGAGGAUAAUAAUGCAAAUGUUGGAGAGGUGAUUGAGCGCUCGAAACAAGAUCAGAUCUCUAACACCAUGAGCUCUCAUGAAUCGGAAGAGGAGGACGGGGCAGAUGACGACUGCACCCCGGUCUCAGAAACUAAGCCUGCAACAGGUGAUGCCAAUAAAUCAAAAGAUCUUGACAUCUCAAAACACUCUACGGCGCCUCCUACCCUCCACUCCUCCUCGCCCUCGCCACCAACUGCCCCUAUUUCACCGCCUUCAUCGUCCCAGGAGCAGGACAGCAGGCCACUAAAGAAGCGAAAGGCCAGACGCCCCAGUUGGACGAAACUAGUGCAACGUGCUCAGAGAACAGAAAAUCUGGAGCCUUCGUCAGAGUUGGUAAAUAAUCCCUCAAACCCGAAAACACCGCUUUCUGUAAAGGCUAGUGUAAGACAGCCUGAUGAGUCACCCAAAUCCUCAUCCUCCUUCUUUUCUGGCACCUCCUUACCGCCCUCAUCUGCAAACAAACCAUCCUCUCCAAAGCUAAAUCUUCCCUUAUCAGCUGAUCCACCCCCAAUAAAUAAAUUUCCUCAAAGCCCCAACAGAAAAAGGGGGCGCCCAAAAUCAUACACUCUGAACUCGGAUGAGCCCUUGCUGAAGAAGUCAACAGCUGAGUUCCCACCACCGGCAAGUCGUGGUGCUUCGGAAGCUAAUGGGCUGGAAUCAAGUUCAGUACUCGACAAAGAUGCUGAAUGUAAUUUCAACUUGAAAAGGCGCGGCCGCCCUUCCAAACAUUCUCUUUUUGUGGAGCAAACUAAAAAUGCAUUUAAUCAAACUAAAGGUGAGGAUGGAAGUAAACAUUUCCAUUCGGCUGAAAAGGGAAACAGACAGAUGAAGAUUAAAAGAAUGUUGAAUGAGAUGAAGAAGAGGAAGAAGAGGAGGCUAAAGGUAUUAGAGACUAAAAAGCAAGGGAAGCAAGGUGGCGGAACAUUUCAAGAGACCGCUUUGAAGUCAUGUCAGUCUAUUGGAAGUACAAGCGUACACACGCUUUCAAGCCUGACCUCCUCAUUUGGUGGCAAGCUUGGCCCACAGAUCAAUGUGAGCAAGCGGGGUACAAUCUACAUGGGGAAGAGACGAGGACGCAAACCCAAAGCCCAGACAGUGUUUCAAAAUUCCAAACUGCAAACCCAGAACAAGUCUAUGUUUACUCACCCCUCUGAAACAUCUUUAUUUUCUUAUAACCAAUCCCAUCCUGCACCUUCUCACCCGUUUCCCUCCCCAUCGCUUACCCACUCAAGUGGGGCUCAGAGUCCUUACAGUGAAGGAAGCGUGGCAGAACAGACCUCCUCACUUCUCUUUCCCCACCCCUUUUUUCUGCCUUCUCCGACCUCCUCUUGCACGUCCCCACGUCCCCCCUCCACUGCUUCUCUGUCUCCUUUUGUGAAAAAGAGCUGUCCCUGUCAGGGAAGACACAACUUCCCCUUUCACCAGUCUUCCUGUAAGCUCUCCUGUCUGACCCCCCCUUUGCAUAACACACCUAGUUCUCCUGGGCACCUGAAGGAAGCCACUCCAUCCCCCAGAAGUGAAUCACAGAGCGAAGAGACGUUGCCUAGUGACAGUGGAAUUGGAACAGACAACAACAGCAUCUCAGAGCGAGUAGAAAUGAGAGGAGCUCGCGGAAUCCUCCGAUUGGGUCAAACAUCGGGCAUGAUGAACGGGAGUCAGAAACACUUGCCUCUUUUGGACCACUCUUCAAUCGCCUCGCCACGCUCUCUAAUUCCACGACACAUAAACCCCAUCUCAAACACAGUGUCCGCCGAGCGCCACCGGGAGCGCCACCGGCACAAGCGGAAAGACUAUAACUGUGCACCCUCCUAUGCCUGCCUGUGCUCUUGCUCUGGAAACAGCAAGUGCACCCAUUCAGACUAUUACGCUUGCCUUGGGCACAGUGGACUGAAGAGACAAAAAAAUAAACAUAAAAAGAAGCACCAGCAGUUGCACAUGCAUGAUCCAGACUUCCUAUCGGAACUGGAGGAUCUUAUUGGUCUACUCAGUGAGAUUCAUAUUGGAAAGAGAACCUGGGGAAGGAUGGGUCUGGGACAGGGAUUUGACACAAGCGGAAAUGCACCUGGGGGAAGGCGCCAUGUUUCCUCUUCACAUCAUCGAUCCAACAUCUUCAGGAUUAAUCUUAAUGGCUUCUACUCCCCUCACCCAUCUACUUAUCCGUCCAACGCUCCAUACACCCACCAGCCUUUCUACCCCUGCCAACCGCUGCACUGUAACAGGAAGUCGGACCGCAGACAAUGUGGUUGCCCUUCGAAAUUUCAAGAUUCCAUUGAAAAUGUGGGCUUUUACAGCAGCUAUCCACAGCUUUAUCACCACCUCCCUAACUCGUACCCGCUCACGGCGCCGCACCAGUAUGCGCCACAUCAGCCACACCACGCUCACUUCCUCAUCAAUCCCGCUAGGUUUCGCAGGCGGAGAGGCAGACUACUCAGAGAGGGGACCUUAGGAGGGGAGAUGGAGGGAGAGUUUGGCGGAAGCAGCUUCGGAGGCCCACACCUUAGCUCAGGGUACACGUCUUGCCUCCCCCGUGGCUUCAGCAGAAGUGACCACAAACAUAAACACAGACACAGGCAAUGUGAACAGGUGGAAGGUGAGGAGCUGCCCGAGGACGAAGAGGAAGAUGAUGUAGACAGAGACAACUUUCAAAGUUCCAAACCAAAGUCAAGGUUCAUUUUGGGGGAGGGCAGAAGUGUGAGAAAAGGGACAAAAGGAUUAAAAAGUAUGCCGUCUAAAGAAUCACCAUGGCUACGUGAGAAGAGGACGGAGUACUUCUCCCCCGCUGCCUCUUCUUCCACGCCUUCAGCAGAGAGAUUCAAGCAUACAUCCCUAACGUCACUGGGACUUGGUUCUACACACCUGUCCUCAUUUGGAGGAGGUUGGGGGGGUCUUGGCCAAAGUUGGGCCAAACUAGGAAGUUCGGGAUUUGGAGGUUUUCGAUCCUUCACAGGUGAGAGGAAUACAAGCCGAACGCCAGAUGGUGAGAGCAGAGAGGAAACUCUACAUCUGAGUAAAGCGACUGAAUCACCGACACACACCAACCUGUUUGCGUCUGCUGCCACAGCAACAGAAGUUUCUGGCUUCAGGCCGGGACUGUCCAGUAGGAAUCAGGGAAGUGGAGACAAGUCACGGAGGAGUGAGGAACCAUCUUGGACGGAGAGAAGAGAAGCAGGUUUACAAGGUGACUUAAGAAGCCGGGGGCUGCAGAAAUGUGCGCCAAAAUCCGACCACGUCACGGCGAACAGCAAAAGGAGCAGAGGACGGCCCAGAAAGAACCUCGUGCCCUCCACUUCAUCUUCCCCCUGGCAUUCCUCUCAAACCACUUCCCCUAUAUCAUCACCUGACAACGUGCCAACAAGCAGCCUCAAGAGAGACGGAAGAGUGGUGGCAGGGAGGAGAGGAGAGAGGUGGAGAGAAGAGAGAGAUUGGGAAGCAGGCAACACCAGGCAGUCAGUGACAGAGCUCUGUGCCGCGAAAAAGAAAGUGAGAAAGACCAAACACGAUGCCCCUCCCUUUCUUCAGAGUGUCAGUGACGAUGAGCCAGAGGAUGACACUGAAUGUUUCAGCCAAUCAGAUGUCGACCAGACUGUGCCCAGACAAGAAACUAUCCAAAGAGAGGAGAGAACAGAUGGUCCUCCCUGCAAGAAGUUUCUGACGGCUGGUCUGUACUCUGACGAUUACAAAACUUCAGAUCCUCCCUCCCAGGCCCAGGGGGUUUGCACGGCAGAAGAGCGCGACUUCAGCCUUCUGCCAGCACCGAUCCAUGUUGGAAAGUACCUAAGGCUAAAGCGGAUCCAUUUUCAGCUGCCGUACGAAGUGAUGUGGCUGUGGCGACACAACAAGCUGUGCAGGCAGCCUGCUGUCCCGCUGAAGAGGAAGCGCCGCUAUUGUCGGCUGAAGGAGAAGCACGUGUCCUUUCACCAGUCGGCAGAAGAGAGCUCCAGUGACAUCACAAACCUUUUUCCUCACCUCAACAUGGAGCCACUGUCUAGCAGUGAGAGGAGCUUCGUGGUGAACCAUCACAUCUUCCUGGUGAGGAACUGGGAGGUGGUGAGAAACCGACAGAUGCGUCUGAAGAUGGGCAGAAUGAGGGAGAGAGACACCGAGGAAGAGGGGAGGAGCUCCGUGCAUCCGUCUUCCGAUGAGGCCGAUGAGGAGGAGAGCCACAUCAAGUCAGAUCAACCAGUGGGAGUGGAGAUGGCAGUUUACAGCGGUGACCUCCACCACCAGAGUCAGCACACCUCCAACUCACUCACUGCCAGCUCCCGCCAAACCAAAACCCCGAGAAGACGAGAGGAGAGGGGAGGGAAGCCGAGGGAAGACGACAGCAGAGAAGAGAGGGGGAAGAGGUUGGAUGAUUUACUUCUGACCCUGCGGCAUUUAUAAGCUACAAACUCCGAGGUGGGACCUCUCUGAAAGUGGGACCAGGCCCACCUGAGGAAAGACGGACAGAACCUGCUCUAACGUUUCCAUCUCUCCCGUGGUCUACAUUUACAGAGAAAGGCAACUUCUCACACAUGGACUGCGCUGAAGGCUGUCGCAGCAGUGACGGAGUCAUGGAAACAGAACCGAAGACGGACAUCUUAGAUGACCGAAUCAGACCAGCUGAGAUAAAUUUGCACUAGUGCUGGAUGAACAAGCACACUAAAGACUAGAUGUAUGCCCAGCUGCGUACACUUUGAUUGCUCUGACUUCAGCACCUUAAGCAGCGUGAUCGAGCCACAAUCGUCGCCCUGAGACUGUAAAUUUGGCUUUGGAGUUUGUUCAUGCUAGGAUUUGUUUGCUUUUUAACAAACAGCGCACCUUGAGGAAAGGAAACCAGAAGAAGUGAGCCAGUUCAAAAACAACUUUUUACUUUGCUGAAACAGUUUCUGCUCUGUCCCAGUGAAUAGGCCCGGGUGACGGGAGGGAGGGCAGCGCUGGGGUGAGGGGCUAGAUUUAGGAAUUUUGGCAUUGCUGCCAGAGAAUUUCUAAUGUUUUAAAGAGAAAGUAUUUUUGUUAAGAAGAGAGGCUUAAUGCACUAUAUAUAUUAAAGAAACAAGCGAGCUAUAGUAACGCUAGCGGUCACUACUCUCAGUAUUGCUUCCUGGCUGGACAUGCGGAGGGGAGGGGGUUGUUUUUGUUUACUUCAGGCUGCCUUUGAGAACGUUUGCUCCAGAGCAAUGACAAUCAGAAUGUCUGAGAGAGAGAAGCUAGAGGGCAACAAAAGGGAAUGUUGCGCAGCGCUGAUUUGCCCCACGUCGAAGUGCCAUGUCAUGUAUGUACCAAGCAAACUCAUGCAGUCUUUAAAAGCAAUAUCUCCUCUUCAAGGACUUUGUAAGAACUUCCCUCGUUUUUUUUUUGUUUUUUUUUUAAGUUGUUUAUAUGUAGUGUUCUUCUGUACAUAGAGCUUCGUAGUGACUGUACAUAAACAACAGUAGUGUUAAACACAAGAUCGGGAUUACAUUUUUAGCAAAUUACACCGCUGACCAAUACAUUUCACCUUGAGGUUGACUAUGAUUGUAUAUGAUUUGAAUAGAAUACUUGUCUCUUUUAUAGCAAAUGUGUUUUUUAUUGGUCAGACAAUCAGUGACUUUUUUUUGUUUGUUUGGUUUUUUUCAGUAGUGUGUCUAUAAGAAAAAAAAAAUAGCCAAGAAAGUGCAAUUUCUUUAAUUGUUUACAUGCUGUCAGUGUACCUUCCCUUCCUUUUCUAACUAAGCCAGUCGAGGAUAUACCUUUAUAGGUUAUUUAUCUAGUUUGCAUGACACAUAACCAUUUGCCUGUAAAACGUCUGACCUAAAAGAUGGUCACAGUUCAAUGCCAUAGAAUGUCUGUGCAAAAUAUCUCCCCCCCUAUAUGCAUAUUAAUAAAGCAUCUCAUAACUACCAGAA